AUGUUUGUAGGUAAACCCUCGGCGAUCAUUGUUGUAUGGCUCGCGCUCUUUCAAGGACUCGUCCUCAACGUAAAUGCUCAUUUGGAUUAUAAGGAUGCCCUAACCAAGUCCAUCAUCUUCCUUGAGGCACAAAGGUCAGGGAAGCUCCCUCCUAAUCACAGACUCAAAUGGAGAGGAGACUCCGCCCUCGACGAUGGAAAACUUGAAAAUGUGGACCUUUCUGGGGGAUAUUAUGAUGCCGGAGACAAUGUCAAGUACGGACUUCCAAUGGCUUUCACAGUCACAACCCUGGCGUGGGCCGCCAUCCAAUACCAAUCGGAGCUAAAGGCUACUGGAGAAUUGCAGAAUGUCAUUGACGGCAUUAAAUGGGGAACCGAUUACUUUCUUAAAGCUAGUGUCAAACAGACAUUGUACGUUCAAGUAGGAGACCCCAAUGCAGACCACCAGUGUUGGGUUCGACCAGAAGACAUGAAGACCCCAAGAACUGUGUAUAAGAUCAAUGAAAACACUCCUGGAUCAGAAAUUGCAGGCGAAACCUCGGCUGCCAUGGCUGCUGCUUCCAUCGUGUUCAGACUCAUUGAUCGUGCCUAUGCUCGUCGUCUCCUCAACAGAGCCAAGCUGCUCUUCCAAAUGGCUAAAACACAUAAAGGAACUUACGACGGAGAGUGCCCCUUCUACUGCUCCUUCUCCGGUUACAAUGACGAGCUAUUGUGGGCAGCUACAUGGUUGUAUAAGGCCACCAAAAGACCAGAGUACUUAACUUUUCUACACGAAGAGGCCAUUACCGCUACUGUGGCCGAGUUUAGCUGGGAUCUUAAGUAUGCUGGAGCUCAAAUCCUUGUCGCAAAGAUGUUCUUUGAGGGCGAUAAGACCUUUGAGAACUACAAGAACCAAGCAGACAGCUUCAUUUGCUCGAACAUCCCCGCAAGUCCGUACGCUCAAGUCAAAACCACUCCGUCCGGUAUGGUCCACCUCAGAGACGGAGCCAACACUCAAUACGUCACCGGCACCGCCUUGUUGUUCAGCAUCUACAGCGAUUUCCUAGCUCAACACAACCAAAAGGUCGUGUGUUCCGAUAAACAGUUCGACAGCGCUAGCCUUAUGGCCUUCGCUAAGAAACAGAUCGACCUGGUGCUAGGAGACAAUCCUAGCGGCAAAUCCUACAUGGUUGGCUUCGGCAGCAACGCCCCGACACAGGCACACCACCGCGGCGCGUCGAUCCCCAUGGGGAUUGAUUCCGGCCAGGUGGGCUGCCCCAUGAGCUUCGUGUACUGGUACAACAAGGAUACACCAAACCCUAACGAGCUGACUGGUGCCAUCUUGGGAGGGCCUGACAUUAACGAUCAGUUCCACGACAAGCGCUGGGAGUCUGCGAUGACCGAGCCAUGCACCUACGUCAAUUCACUGGCGGUUGGGGUUUUGGCAAAGCUAGCAACCAAGUCUAUCGCGUGA